AUGACAGAGCGACUGAGAAAAAGUGAUUCAGAGUUGCUUGCCAAUGAUAUUAGGCUGAUUUCCAUUCAGCCAUCCGAGGACCCCGGAGCUCAGGUGAUAUGUUCCCUGAACCAUUUCGACAUUGGCGAUGGGUUCCUCAGACCUGAAUACGCAGGUCGGUCCCGAAUACAACACCGAAAGGACCCAGACGAGUGGGUAUUUAUCAAUCAUCCUCAAAAAGCCACAGCAGUCUCAGAGAUGCCUGACUUCCGCUACAUCUGGGGCGACUACGUGGCCCUGAGUUACACGUGGGGCGAUCCCGCCAUCACUCGCAACAUCGUAGUAAAUGGCCACACGAUGCCAGUGACGGAGAAUCUCGAAGCCGCGCUUAGGACACUCCGCUCAAAACCAUACAUCAAGGCUGGUUGGAAGAUAUGGAUCGAUGCGCUAUGUAUCCAUCAAAAAGAUAUCGUCGAGCGCGCCACGCAGGUCAAACGUAUGCGUGAUAUCUACGGCAGAUCUAUGACCCCAAUUGUGUGGCUAGGUGCUUCAUCACCAGACAGUGAACAGGCCAUAGACCUUAUCGAGAAACUGGCCGGCGACAAUCAACUUCUCGAUCCUAGCUAUCUCAGCGCGCUAUUGCAGCAAAAUUCCAAAAUUUUCGGUGAGGGUGUCUGGCGAGCAUUGCAUGACUUUAUGUUACGCAGGUUCUGGUCCCGCGCGUGGAUCUUGCAAGAGAUCUCACUUGGAAAAGCAGAUAUGCCUGUACUAUGUGGUGAGCACACAUUGAGGUGGCAGGAUAUCCACAGCGUCUCCAAGACUCUCAACAAGUCCGAUGAGAUUAUCAGAAAAUACAUGCGCGACGAAGUAUUAGAUGUCGGUCGGGAGCUCGACACCAAAGUCUGGGAAACGUUUGGCGUAGUUGAGGUCAUUGAAGUUAUGAAAGGAGAGAUGAGGACAGAGGACAGCAUCAACCUAUUCCGCAUCAUGUAUCUAAGCCGACUCGUCGAUGUUACUGAUCCGCGAGACAAAGUCUAUGGGCUACUUGCGCUCAUGGACCAAGAGCUCACGCGGCAAAUCAAACCAGACUACGGGGCUACGAUCGAACGUGUCUACACGGAUUUUGCCAAACUCAGCAUUCAGAUCACCAAAUCACUCGACAUCUGUAGGCAUGUGGGUGUGCCUGGACCCACGGCACUCCCUUCAUGGGUUCCGGACUGGAUGUCUCCUCGCAGAUUGGGCUCGCUAGGCGAUAUACCGCAUAGAGCCAGCGGUAAUGCUACGGCCCAAGUAAGAUACCCAUUUCCGGACAUCCUGUCUUGCCGCGGGUUUGUCUUUGAUACAUUUGACGGCAUGGGAUGUGUCUGGAAAGACGAACACGGCAAUGGAUGGACCAAGAGUACUGUAAUACAGACUACCGGCACCUCAAAUGCCUACGGAGAUCGCGCAGCCAUGUGCGAAGCACUCUGGAAGAGUUUGGUUGCGAAUCGAAACUACCUUGUCGAGACUUUGACAGACGACUAUGGCGCGCUACUCGCUGUACCCGCUUUGCACGCCGCGCAAGGACAGUUGCCCAACGAGGACCUUGAGAUGAUAGCGACGAGUCAUCUACUGCAAUACUGUAUGGGCUUUUACGCUGGUAAUGCCGACUUUCUUAUUGCUGGCAGACUGUUGUCGCAUUACUUCAACGAUAAUCCUGACUUUACUGUUAUGGACCCCUCAGUACUUCGUGAUGCGCUGGUAGCCAGAGACCGCAUCAACCUUUCUCGCCGCUUGUUCACAACCAGCAAGGGUUUCGUGGGCAUGACUAAUCAGGAUACCAAAGCUACGGACAAGAUCUGUGUCCUGUUUGGGUGCAGUACACCGGUCGUUCUCAGGGAAGUGCAAGAUGCGAGAUACGUGCUUGUCGGGGAGUGCUACGUGCAUGGACUCAUGGAAGGAGAGGGGCUGGAGAUGGUGGAGGAGGGGCGGGUAGAGGUCGGGGUGUUCGAGAUUCUGUAG